ACUAUCGGCUAAAACAAACCAAAUAAAACAGCUGUGGCUUAAGUUAUAACUAUAUUUAAAAUAACUUCGCUUUAAAAUAAAAGCCUAAGUUGGAAAAAUAUAAACAUUCUGAAACGCUCCUAACAAAUCGGAUUUCUUAUAAGACGUCAAGCAAGAGAUUUGGAUAUGCUCGCCCAACUAUCGGCUAACUUAGUAACUACUGAAUUCUAAGCAAUUUAAGGAUUUUUGCCAAAUAAAAACACAGGAUCAAUGUUAUUACGUUUAAUCCGUUCCCAUUAACGGGUUUAUUGACUUCUUUAGCAAAAAAAAAAAAAAAAAAAAAAAAAUACGUUGCAUGAAUGUACUGUGCAAAUUUGGAAAUUAUACCAAAAUGCGCCGUUCUGCAAAUUAAAAAUAUUUUUAGGGACCCAAUAUAUAUAUGUAUAUAUGCAUAUGAAUAUAAUAUGUAUUUACAUACGUACACCCACAUCGGCGCACAUCAGAUGCCCAUAGCCCAUAUAGCCAAUUAGACUCUUUUCACUGCCUUGUAAACUUAGCGCGGAAUCAGUAAUUUUAUGCGUUCACGGACGCCAAGGCGGAAUCAUCCAUAAGAUGUUCACCCACAUCGGGCAGCAGGAGUCGAAGCCCCCAAAAGUAAACACAAUUCUACAAAGGACGUUUCCGUUGGCUCUGCCCAGCACAAGUGCAUCGGAUCGCAUCACAUUGGAUCGGAUCGGAUCGUCGGUGAAGGCGAAUUCCAGGCGCUUGCCCAAAGUGCCUUACAUCCACAAAUAUGCCAGAUAGAUUUCAAGUUACAAAGGCUGACGAGGACACCGCGUUGGACUACAACCAGGAUGAGUCUGCGAGCGGCAAGCUACUGGGGGACAUCCACGACGAAACCCUAGGUGAGAACUAUGGGUCGUACGAUGACUCAGGUGAUAUCCACAGGGCGGAGGAGAACCAGAAGUCCAGCAUCGACCCAAAUCUAUAUCUGUACGACGAUGAUUUGGAGACCAGGCCCCAUAUAUCAACGUUCAUUUCAUCAAUUGCCAAUUAUGAGAACACGAUACCAGCGGCCACCGAUCCCGAUGCAAAGCCGGCAGCUCCAUCGGCUCGAAUGGGUACCCUAAUUGGAGUGUUCUUGCCAUGCAUUCAAAACAUCUUUGGUGUCAUAUUGUUCAUUCGGUUAACAUGGGUUGUUGGAACGGCUGGCGCCGUGUGUGGAUUCCUGAUUGUUCUGACCUGCUGCUGUGUGACCAUGCUAACCGCGAUCUCGAUGUCGGCCAUUGCAACGAACGGGGUGGUUCCGGCGGGCGGGAGUUACUUCAUGAUAUCACGAUCCCUGGGCCCUGAAUUCGGCGGAGCGGUGGGAAUGUUGUUCUAUACGGGCACCACGCUAGCAGCGGCGAUGUACAUCGUUGGUGCCGUGGAAAUCGUAUUGACAUACAUGGCGCCGUGGGCAUCGAUAUUUGGGGACUUCACCAAGGACGCUGACGCGAUGUACAACAAUUUCAGGGUCUACGGCACUUUGCUGCUCAUCUUUAUGGGUCUCAUUGUGUUCCUGGGCGUGAAAUUCGUCAAUAAGUUCGCGACGGUGGCCCUGGCCUGCGUCAUCCUUUCGAUAAUAGCGGUGUAUGUGGGAAUAUUUGACAAUAUCCAUGGCAACGAAAAGCUAUACAUGUGUGUUCUGGGAAAACGACUCUUGAAGGAUAUCCCGCUGGAGAAUUGCACAAAGGAAGACUCCUUCUUACGCGACAUAUACUGCCCAGAUGGUAAAUGCGAGGAAUACUACCUGGCCAAUAACGUGACCAAAGUCAAGGGCAUCAAGGGUUUGGCCAGUGGCGUGUUCUACGACAACAUCUUCCCUUCGUUCCUGGAGAAGGGCCAGUUCAUAUCCUACGGCAAGAGUGCAAUUGACAUUGAGAACACUAGUGGAGAGUCAUACAACCAGAUCAUGGCCGACAUUACCACGUCGUUCACCCUUCUUAUCGGCAUCUUCUUCCCAUCGGUCACAGGCAUCAUGGCUGGAUCCAAUCGAUCGGGCGACCUGGCUGACGCCCAGAAGAGCAUACCCAUCGGAACGAUAUGUGCCAUUCUGACCACCAGCACAGUCUACUUGUCCAGCGUUAUGUUCUUCGCCGGCACAGUGGACAAUCUCCUGUUGAGGGACAAAUUCGGUCAGUCUAUUGGUGGCAAGCUGGUGGUGGCCAAUAUUGCCUGGCCAAAUCAGUGGGUCAUUCUGAUUGGCUCCUUCCUCUCCACCUUGGGCGCUGGUCUGCAGAGUUUGACUGGAGCACCCCGACUGCUGCAGGCGAUUGCGAGGGAUGAGAUCAUCCCCUUCCUGGCUCCAUUUGCCAAGUCUUCGAAGCGUGGCGAACCCACCCGUGCGCUGCUCCUGACCAUUGUCAUUUGCCAGUGCGGCAUCCUGUUGGGCAACGUGGACUUGCUGGCUCCUCUGCUGUCCAUGUUCUUCCUCAUGUGCUACGGCUUUGUCAACCUGGCCUGCGCUGUGCAAACCCUGCUGAGGACUCCCAACUGGAGACCGCGCUUCAAGUUCUACCACUGGAGCUUGUCGCUCAUCGGCCUGACGCUGUGCAUAUCAGUCAUGAUCAUGACUUCCUGGUAUUUCGCACUGAUUGCUAUGGGAAUGGCCAUCAUUAUCUACAAAUACAUAGAGUACCGCGGUGCUGAGAAGGAGUGGGGUGAUGGCAUUCGUGGAAUGGCCCUGACCGCCGCCAGGUACUCGCUACUCCGUCUGGAGGAAGGCCCACCGCAUACGAAAAAUUGGCGUCCCCAAAUUUUGGUGCUUUCGAAGCUCAACGACAACCUCUUGCCAAAAUACAGGAAGAUAUUCUCCUUUGCCACCCAGCUGAAAGCUGGCAAGGGAUUGACGAUUUGUGUGUCUGUGAUAAAGGGCGACCACACUAAGAUCACUAACAAAGCCGUGGAUGCGAAGGCCACGCUGCGCAAGUACAUGACCGACGAGAAGGUGAAGGGCUUCUGUGAUGUCCUGGUAGCCCAGCAGAUUGGCGAGGGCCUCAGCUCAGUCAUCCAAACCAUCGGACUGGGGGGCAUGAAGCCCAACACAGUCAUCAUCGGAUGGCCGUACAGCUGGCGACAGGAGGGCAGGAACAGCUGGAAGACCUUCAUCCAAACGGUCCGCACGGUGGCCGCCUGCCACAUGGCCCUCAUGGUGCCCAAGGGCAUCAACUUCUAUCCAGAAUCAAACCACAAAAUCGGUGGUAACAUUGAUAUCUGGUGGAUUGUCCACGACGGUGGUCUGCUCAUGUUGCUGCCCUUCCUGCUGAAGCAACAUCGCACCUGGCGCAAUUGCAAGCUAAGGAUCUUCACAGUUGCUCAAAUCGAGGACAACUCGAUUCAAAUGAAGAAGGAUCUAAAGACAUUCCUCUACCAUCUUCGAAUCGAGGCCGAUGUUGAAGUUGUUGAGAUGAACAACAGCGAUAUUUCCGCUUAUACCUACGAGCGGACCCUGAUGAUGGAACAGCGUAAUCAGAUGCUGAGAGCAUUAGGCUUAAAUAAGAAAGAAAACUCCAAAGUGGUUCAAACAAUUGUAGACCACCAUUAUGACGCCACCAAAACGGCGUCUAAAGUUCGCUUCGCCGAUCCAACUAUAGAAGAAACACAGCAUCACGAUUCUCAAAACGACGAGAAACGUAACUCAAUUGAUUUGGAUGGUCCCGAGAACGCGGACACACCCGAAACUACUUCUAACAAGGAUGAAUCGACAGAGAAAGCCGACGGAGACUUCAAGUCCAGUGUGAAACCGGAUGAGUUCAACGUUCGUCGCAUGCACACAGCAAUAAAACUAAACGAGGUUAUUGUAGAAAAGUCACAGGACGCCCAGUUGGUCAUAAUGAAUCUACCUGGACCACCUAGGGAAGUGAGAGCGGAGCGUGAAAGAAAUUAUAUGGAAUUUCUGGAGGUAUUAACAGAGGGCCUUGAAAAAGUGUUAAUGGUUCGCGGAGGAGGCCGAGAAGUUAUAACAAUUUACUCUUAAGAGCAUUAAUCGCUCAGUUUUAUAAGAGUUCGCAACACUAGACAAGUUUAAGAAUCAAUCAAAUUUUUAAAGAAGGUUAUUAAUUUGUUAUAUUCAAUCAUAUGUCCAAAUAUUUUAUUUUUACGUAAAUAAAAUAUCAAAAAAUUGUAACAAUAAG